CACUAAUAGCAAACUCAACUCAUUUUUUUACCAUUCACUAGUUAUUAAGUGAAUAAAUGACCAACUCAUUUAUCUAAUUCCACUAUCAUAAUAGCUCAUUAUUUAGCUAUCACUUACUACUGAUCAGUCUAUAUCCAGGAAUCAUUCCCUUAUAUUUUAUCUCUUUUGCCUCUUGUCAAUCUCUCGGAUCCUAGUAUUCCUUAUAUCAUACUCUGCAAUCCCUAUGCCCCUUACGAUGGUUGAAAGUGGAAAACGCAAGUCCAUCAAUCAUACCGGGAACGAAAGCGAAGGAGAAGAACCACACAUGAAGAAGCCCAAAUCCAUAGGCCCUACCCUGCCUUCGCACUAUACAGCGGGCGAUCCAAGAAACGACAUCAUACCCCCAGACGUGCAAAGUACAGAAAGUGAGAGUGAUGAUGAUAUAGGUCCAGGCCUACCUACUCAGGAUACGGUCGCCUCUGGUUAUCCUUUUUCAGAAUACCAAGUUAAGGAGAUUGAAGAAUCAAGUUCCAUACAGAAACAGGGUAGUCAUGCUACAUCCCAGCGGGACCAUUGGAUGCUACACCCUCCAGACUCGGCUGACAAGUAUCCAAGAGCGGAUAAGCUACACCUACGUAACCGCGGCUUUGUGAUCACAAAGUCAGGAAGAGCCCAUGGUGAUCAAAACGAUGGAGCUAGGAUGUGGACCGAAACAACUCAGCAGAAGAUGGAACGGUUAGAGAAUCAAGUAAUGGGUGUUUCAGCAACAGCUCCAGCAAGAAGACGCGCAAAAGUGGUGGGUAGUGCAUCUAAAAAUCACGCACCAACAAAAAAGCCAGGAUUACAUGAUGCCCCGGUACAGAAAUAUCUACAGGAACAGCCUGGGACUGUCAGUAGUGAAGAUGGCAAGAAAGGUUCCAACACAGAUAGGAUUAAGGGCGAAAAGAGCAGAGCUGUGCCUCGGAAAGUGGGCAGUACACAACAAAGUGAACAGUCAUAUAAAGCUGCAGGUUUUGCUUCUUACUUUAGUAAGGGCGGUGACCUAUAAGUCAUAGCCAUGCAUUUGAAGAGGGCCUAUAUGAGGGUUUAUAUAUACACAUUAUAUAGCCAAAGGCACACAUCUCUCAUGGGUACUAGGGUUGUACCCAUGCUUAGUUAUAUAAUGUCAGAGGUGCGUGCCCAAUUAGGCUUAGCGUCGCCUCAUUUAGCGCGGCCGCACCGCACAACCACCUGCUUCACAUCCAAGCUGUAGCAGCAAUAGCAACCAUCAGCCAUCUCUUCCCUUUUCCAGGCCUACUAGGCCAACAUGGUAGCA